GACAUCAACUACUGAUUGUCCAUCCUCUCAAUAUGCUUGAAGCUAUACCGGUAUACAAUUGAGAAAAGAAUUCCUUUCAGACUCAAUAGGCUGAUUUGAUUCUUGAUAACUAGAAUUACUUGAAAGACUGGGGAAGGAAGGAAAGGUCAGCCGAAAAUGAAGGGGCUGUCUGUGCCUCGGUUCCAAUUUUAGGCCUUAUCUAGUGAGGGGCAUCGCGCCGUUGGAUUGGGCUUGUUAUGAUGAGUUCCACGAAGCGUUAUCAUCCUAAUAUCAACACCUCCCUUCAUUCAAGUUCAUUACCUUCAAUGUCACUUAUUGUAUCGUUGUCCUCUCGUACAUAGCAUACCAGCUAUAUACCACAAAUCGGUGGCCCAUACUAUAUCCAGUCCACUCGUACAACACAGCAAACAUGCCAGCCUGCACACUUCAUCUGCUUUCUCUCUCCGUCACCAUCACCGAUUUCCUCUCAGCCCUUUCAACGACUUCGCUCACCCCACUCACAAUUGGUAGGGUUGUGCGUUGGAUCGUCCUUCCGACAUCGAUAUCGAUCGACCCACUUAUCGCACGUAAUAUCCAUUGGGAUAUUCUGAUGAUCUUGCCCAAUACCGACACUCUUCCAGCCUCACUACAAAAGCUUAUCCUUCAUCAAUGGCAGGUGACAGCAGGAAUACCUUCUCGAUUGCUCCAUGAUUUUGCGUCGAAGAAUAGAAGACUACUUAAUCCACGGCCCGAAGACACACCGCCACUCACAGGAAGCUUAAACAAUUACCGCACAACAGCUUCAGCUCAAGCCCUCGAGCUUUCUCCUCCAUUGAUGGAAUGGAUCAAAACCUAUAGAGACCAAGAGGGGCGUGGUGCGGUUUCUAUGCUCAAUCUUUUAGCCUUUAAGCCUGGACUCAAAGGUGAAUAUUUGAAAUAUGGAGCCGAAUUUGCAAAAUCUAUUGGGUCAAAACGAGGUGGUAUUGCCAAGAUAAUGGGAACUGUGAUACACGAGGGAGAUUUGAAAGAAAGAGGUGAAUGGGAUGAGGUUGCCGUGGCACACUAUCCGAGCAUUGAACAUUUUGCAGAUAUGUUGGCCAGUGAAGAUUAUCAGGAAGUAAAUCACAGACAUAGGGUGGGAAGUUUGAGGGACACUUUCAUUCUUUGCACAACAGAAUUGGAUCUGCCUAUACCAGGCAAGAACGGGUCAAAACUAUAGGUGUGGGGAAGUUUGAGACAAAAGUUUGAUUUUUAACUCAGCUGAAUCUGUCUGAGGUAUUGUUCCAUUGCCAGGAUUCGGACCUUCAUUCCUAUGUCAUAAGUGUACAUACAAAGUGCAUCAGUGUCACAUCAGACUUGCACAACAAUUUUGGAUAAUGGAGUUUUUCUAUCUGUCGUAAUUGGUUGCUACAUAGUUAUACACAUCAGUUCUCUAUCCAGAAAUCCCAGCAACCCUGAGUAUCUCUCGCAAAACAAUGAUACAUGCCAUUUUCCCUGCACAUAUCCUACAUAGCAUACAAUAGAUUCUGGCCGACAAAGAAAAUUAAGGUCUCAAAACCUCCAAUUAUCGUAGGAAACA